GGUGUACACAGGAUGUAAAGUUGACUAAAGUUUCAGGGGAGCAAAAGACCCGACAUUUUUCCUUGCUUGAGGAAAAGAAAAACAUUUGGGGAGUGCUGGGUCUUCGCUCCCUCCUCAAGGGGGCGGGAGGGACAUUAUUCAACCCGGAACUGUGAAUGUGAUCGAUUAGAACUCUGAAAACUUCGAAGGAAAUGCAACCGUUCGAUUAGAGCUCGGAAUAAAAGAUCAAAUGUUUAUGCGCUCUGCGAUCUCGCUGACUGUGAAACUUCCCUCGCUUCCAACAGGGUUGUAGACAUUCACCUUUUAAAAUGCCUCAGCAAAAGGAUAUAGUAAAGAUUGCCAUCCAGAUGCCGGGCGCAUACCCGCAGCUCAUUCAACUAGACCAGAAAAAGCCCCUCACUGCUGUCAUAAAAGAGGUUUGCGACAAGUGGAAUCUUCCAGGCCCUGAUAAUUAUGCUCUGCAGUAUGCAGAUGGAGUCCAGACCUACAUCACUGAAUCUAAUCGCCUGGACAUCAAAAAUGGCAGCAUUCUUCGUUUAACCAAAGCACCAGGCCGUUGUGCUGAAGAUCUGUAUAAAGGCAUUCAGAGUUCAGACUCAGGAGUGCGCUGUGACUCUCUGAAGCAGCUAGCGACCGUUUCCACUGACAUCACGUUUGCUCAAGAGUUUAUCAGUCGUGAUGGGCACUCAUUGCUUGUCAAGAUUGUAGAGGAUGCUCAGGAGGCUCCUCUGAUAAUGACACACACACUCACUGCUUUCAUGGAGCUCAUGGAUCAUGGCAUUGUGUCCUGGGAGAAUCUAUCUAGUGUCUUUACAAAAAAGAUUGCCAGUUUUGUGAAUGCAAAGGUGCUGGAUACGUCUAUCCAGCAGGUGUCACUGGCCAUCCUGGAGAGCAUGGUGCUCAGCAGCAAUAGUUUGUUUCAUGAGGUCAAACAAGAAAUUACUCUGGAGAGACUCAUCUCACAUCUGCAGGUAACAAAUCAACAGCUGCAGACAAAGGCCAUGGCUCUGCUGAUGGCAAUGUUACAGGCUGCUGGAGAGGCAGACAGACAGGAGCUUUUUGACUUUCUUGAGAAAAGGAAUCUUCGCCAGUACAUUCACAAGAACAUCAUCCACAGCUCUAGUUCAGUAGGUGAUGAGAUGGCGCAUUACCUCUAUGUGCUGCAGACUGUCCGUCUAAACCACCUGGAGUCCCGCAUGAGAACACCUCUCGACUCUUACAACCAGGAGCAGAGAGAGAUGCUGCAUGUUUUGCGUCAGGCUGCGUUUGAGACGGAGAGCGAGAGCGGUCUGAGCAACGAGCGUCGACGUUCACUCUGUGCUAAAGAGUUUAAGAAGCUCGGCUUCUCGAAUAACAGUAAUCCUGGCCAGGAUCUGGGCCGCUGUCCUCCGGGCCUCCUGGCGUUGGACACCAUGGCAUAUUUUGCCUCCCGUUACCCUGAUGCUUACAGCAGGUUUGUGCUGGAGAACAGCAGCAGGGAGGACAAACACGAGUGUCCGUUUGCACGCAGCAGUAUCCAGCUCACCCUCAUCCUCUGUGAGAUCUUGCGCAUUGGAGAACCUCCCUCUGAGACAGGCUCAGACUAUCACCCCAUCUUCUUCGCUCAGGACCGACUGCUGGAGGAGCUUUUCUGUAUCUGCAUUCAGCUCCUCAACAAGACAUGGAAGGAGAUGAGAGCCACGCAGGAAGACUUUGAUAAGGUGAUGCAGGUUGUCCGGGAGCAGAUCACAAGGACUCUGUCCAGUAAGCCCACAUCCUUGGAGCUCUUCAAGAACAAAGUGAAUGCUCUGAACUACAGCGAGAUCCUCAAACUCAGACAGACGGAGAGACUCCACCAGGAGGAGACGCUUGCUCCACCCGUGCUUGAGCUGAAAGAGCGUUUGAAGCCAGAACUUCUGGAGCUCAUCAGACAGCAGAGACUGAACCGGCUGUGUCAUGGAACACUCUUCCGGAAGAUCAGCAGCCGACGGAGACAAGAUAAGCUGUGGUAUUGUCGGCUGUCUCCUAAUCACAAAGUCCUCCACUAUGGAGACGUGGAAGAGGAGACUGAGACGCCUUCCAUUGAGACUCUUCAGGAAAAGAUUCCUGUCGCAGACAUCAAAAGUGUGCUGACUGGCAAAGACUGUCCUCACAUGAAAGAGAACAAGGGAAAACAGACCAAGGAGGUGUUAGAUUUGGCUUUCAGCAUCACAUAUGACGUUGAGGAAUAUAGCUUGAAUUUCAUCGCCUCUUCCAGAACAGAUUUCUGUCUGUGGACAGACGGACUCAACGUGUUGCUAGGCAAAGAGAUGAGCAGUGAGAGCAUGCGCAGCGAACUGGAGAUUCUCCUCUCUAUGGAAAUCAAGCUUCGCCUCUUAGACCUGGAGAACGUACCUAUCCCAGACACGGCCCCACCCAUCCCCAAACCACCCAGCAACUUCAACUUCUGCUACGACUUCAGCCAAGCUGAACAAUAAUGCUCAGGACACCCAUAAAUGUGCGGUCAUCCGUAAUUACUGCAUUACUAAGAUGGGAAACAACUGAAUGCUGGAAAUGGCCACUAAGUGGCAGCACAUAAUAUGUGCAGUAAGGUUUUGCAAUUGGGAGAUAAGGGACAUUGAAUAGUAAUUUGAGGACUUGAUAUAAAUUAGAGCACCUUGUACAAUCAUAGAGGGAUUGCAGAACCAUGUGUCUUUCUAUGGUGUUGUGCUAUAAUCUAAGUGCCUGUGGAGAUGGCCAUGCAUUGGGAGAUGCUUUUUGUUGGCUUGCGGCCUGGCGUAUUGCAUCUAAAUAUGCCUUUCCGACACUUGUACGAUAGACCUGUAUGAUAUUCUCUAAUCAGGUCUUUACGCACACUUUGUUAUCCUUUUUUUCCCCUUUAUUACUUGUUUUGCUUCUACCAAACAAUUUGAAAUCUACUAAGUGGCAUUAAAUGAGACCACAGAUUAUUAGGAAGGAAGCAUGGACAUAUUUGUUAGAAACAUCUGUAUGUUUAAAAACUAAAUGAUUAGAGAUUGUUGGUAUUCUUUUUGAGUACCAUUGUAAGGGCUUCAAAGAGAUAUUUCACCCCAAAAUGACAAUUCUGUCAUUUACAUCAUUUAUUUACUUUUUUCCAUUUAAUGAAUGUGAAUGGGGACUCUGGUUAACAUUCUGCCUAACAUUUCUUUUGUGCUCCACAAAGUCAACAAUUUUGGAACAACAUUAGGGUGAGUAAACAGAAUUUUCAUUUUUGGGUGAAAUAUCCCUUUAAAAGGAUUACAUUUUCAACCGGUACGAUGUUAAAGCUUAAUGUAUCAAACAAAUUGUCAAUUAAUAGUUUACUAUGAGAAAUAACCAUUGAUAUUCAUUAUUGUUGAAUAAAAUCAACUGUUGAAUAGUUUGGAAGGUACAUAUAGCUCACUUCAGCUACGCACAAUGAGAAACUGUUAUACAAUCAUGAGUGAUGCAUGGAUGGCAUUAUUGCAUUGGAGGCAUGUGCUGCUGUAUAAUUAUCUAUUAUGUUUUCAUAAACAAAACUCAAAAAAAUGUAAGUGUUCUGGUGUAAGUUAAAUCGGUGAUCUUGGAGAAUUGCUUUGGUUUGAUCCUGAAGUGGGUUUAAGUUCCAGAAGGAAAAUGGUUUGAAUCUCUAAUAUUUUGCAUGUUGUUAUAGGAGUAGUUUGCCCAAGUGUGAGUUGACGACACUGCAUGAAUAUAUUGGUGUCUGAUUUGUAUUUUCAGGCUUGUAACUUUAUCACAAAACACAUGCAUCCAGGUAUAAACUGAUAAAUCAAGGAAAUUUACAAUUACACAAUGUAAAAUUAUUUUAUUUUUGGUCAAAUUUUUAUAUAGCCAUUCAGUUUAUCCAUAAAUUAUUUUUAUUUUCUCCCACUCAAAAUGCCGAUUUCCCUGUGGAAUUAAUGGCAGUAUUUUUUAGGGAAGAUGCAUGAUGAUUCUAUUUUUAAAAUAUUAUUUAAUGGUAUUUUAUCAAGAAUAAGGUUUCCUCAACUGACUAUACAGUAUCUGGCUAAAGAUCUGAUUGUGGAUUUAAGGCCACAUAAGCACUUCUUUGAAUGGUAAUUAAAAUACAUCAUGUUUUCUGUUUUGAGAUCAAAGAAAUAUGAUUAAAGGGUUCUGUGGUACAUUUGCAGCUGUUUGGCUACUGCAUGAAUGGAACUGACAAACUUUAAAGUGUGAAAAACUUGCACCAUAAUUCACUGAUUUUGAGUGUUCUUUUGUGGUACUCACAAAUCUAAUGAUGACAUUGACCUAGCAAAAAAAACAAAAAACAAUCCAUGUACUGUAUUCACUGUUCUCUGUACAUCGCUUUCUGUGUAACGAUUUUGACGUGACCACUUUACCACCUGAAAAUGGUACAUGACAUUAAUUCAAGAUUUUUUUCCUUUGAAUGAAAUUAAAAAUAUAUAUAUAUAUUGUGAAAA